AUGGAUUGUACACCUACCUCGUUCCCAUCCUCUCCCUUGGCUCACUCGGCGCGGGAUGACCAAAGGUUACUCAAAGCUUCUCCGGCCUACCCAUCCCCAACGGCUAUUCCCCUCGAUAGAUACGACUUUCAGUCGUUGUCCGGGUUAGGAAUUUCCAAUUGUGGAACAGGAUCCCCUUCAAGCCAGAUCAGACUCUACCCGUGUCCAGAGCAAUAUGCACUCUCAACGAGCAACUGGUCCGACCCAAUAACGCAUUCCCCGAAUAUCCUCGAAACCCCUCCAGACGCCGGUCAUUUUCCGCCCAGGACUCAUUACGAAGCAUUCGGUAGCCAUGCAGACAUCUCAGUAUCACCCAGUUACAGCCCGGUCAUGGAUUUUGGCGCGAUGCAUGAUGAAAUACCUCGCUUCUGGCCUAACACUCCUACCUCGGAAACCAUGGCCGCGUCAGAAGGCUGGUCCAACGUGCAAGAUCCGACAGAGGACGUCUGGGAAUCGUCUUUCCUGGACGAAUCAUCCAAUACGAUGGUCUCCAGGAUGCCAGAGAUCCCUCGACUUCAGAUCAACACCGCAUAUCUGCAUCCUCAACGACCGAAUAACACCCUAACUGAGAUGGACCCGAACAAAAGUGUUGCGCCGGAUCUGGUCCCUGAUGAGGCAAUUUCAAAGUGGAUCGAGAAUGUUAGCGAAUCGCCCAAGGGAGAACAAUCCAGGAUACCGUCGGCGAGCGGCUUAGAGUGUCCUACGUGUGGUGUCCGCUUCACACGACGCUCUAACUGUAAAGAGCAUAUGAAAAGCCACGACCCUAGCUACGUAAGGCCACAUCCGUGUGAGACUUGCGGGCGGGAAUUUAGGCGGAGGACUGACCUGAAGAGACACGUAGAUAGCAUCCAUCGGGGAAUACGCAAAUUUGGCUGUGAGAAGUGUGGUCGGCGCUACAGUCGACAGGACACAUUGUCAAGACAUCAGUCCGACGGCUGCGAUGGAAGAAUCCGGAAGACACGAGCCUCCCGAAACGACACAGACGCGCCAUACCCCACUCAUGACUACUACGCACACUAA